GUGUAUAGCAACCAUCGAUUGCGAGCGCAAAGUUGUCACUGAAGUUUACGAGCGGGAAUCUUCGUUUUGCGAGAAAAAUUGUAGGCCUAAGCUUAUCACGUCAAUAAAUUAUUAUAAUGACUUACUUAGAUGAAUUCGAGGCCAUAGUGCAUGAAAUGUGUGUGGACGUGACAAGAGAGGCUAUUGCAGAAAUUGAUGCAGAGAAUAUGAAGGACAAAACAGCUGAGCAUUCUCCAGAACAACUACUUGUUUUAGGCCACAGAAAGCUACACUUGCCACGGCUGUGCCUUGGUCCUGCCAACAGGACUGAGAUUUUCCCUUCUAAGUGGAGACAAUUCCUUGCCUCACCCAAGACAUGCUGUGAUAUUUCAACCCUGCAUAUGCGUGAUGUGUCAAUGACCAAGAGCUGGGUACAGUGCUCUCCUGAAUUGGAGGAUCAGGAACUUCGCCAGAAACACAAAGAACGUGUUAAUUCGUGGAGAAAUCUUCUCAUCACCGACAAGAACGAGCCCUACCUUCCAGGUGUGUUCAGAUACAAAGCCACAAAGUCUCUGCUAGACCACAUUUGCCCAAUCAUGAAAAUGAAGCUGAACAACUUCUUUGAGAUUGUUGAUCUGAAGGACAUCAUUCCCAAGAUCAUCAUUGACUCCUGUGAGGAUGUUGUAGACAUCACAUCAAAAGGCAACUGGAAGGAAGUCUCAAAAAACCCACUUGGAGACAUCAUUAACAAGCAGAGAUGGAACGGAUUUCUCUGCUGCUUUCAGAGAUAAAUACUUUGAGCAACAACUUCUGUGAACUGAAGUUAAACAUUGAAAAGUCAUCAGAGGUUUACUGAAAGAACUGAAUGUUACAUACAGAAAAAAUCUCAUAUAAUUGAGAGAAAUAUAUAGCAAAUAGAAAAAAUCAGCUCUAAUUUUUGAGUUUAAAAGUACAUGUGAUGCAUUUAUAUUUCUAAUUAAAUGGUAAGAAAAUGACAAUAUAAUUAUGAUAGACCCAGAGUAUUUCAGUUUUAAGAUAAUUUAUUAAGGUGUCCACAGUACCUACAGUGCUUGAAAUGUACAUCUUUUAUAACCUUUAUCAUUCAUUUCAUAAUUGCUUCUUUACACCAUGUGUGUAGUACAUUCUCCCCAUCCCGUUUUUUAUUGCGAGUAUGUAGGGCAGUUAUACUUGGCUACAUUGAUUUUUUUAUAUAUUAACAACGUGCACAAAUCCAAAUCUUCAAGUUUUAGAAUGUUUAACUUUACUCUAAAGUUGAUAUGAAAUAAAUAGGAAUUUAUGAAAAAUUUAUAAUACAUCAUGUAA